AACACUUUUUUACUUUUUCAUCUCUCGGAUCGUUCGGACGUGCUACGCGGUCUCGUCUGUGUGUGUGAGGUAGUGUGCGUGAGCGGAACGGCGAAAAAGCACAAUUGAAAUUAAAUCGGGUUUGUUAUCUGUGGAUUCGGCGGAUACAAUACAAUAUCGUAUCGUUAUCUAUUUACAAACAAAUCGACGAGGAUUAAUAAAAUGCCGCACAAGAGUGCAUGAAGCGGCCUAUCUGUGUGUGCGUGUGUGUCUUUGUGUGUGUCACUCUCUCUUUGAAAUAGUAAACAAAUUGCGUAUAAAGUUUACAGCAAAGCAAAAGACAAACAAAAAUAUUUAAAUAAAACAAAGUAUAUUCUGCAGUGCGUGUAAAAUAUUUCGAUAAAGUAGCCGCAAAAAAGCAGCGGCGUCGACGUCAGCAGAGCGCGUGCUGCAAGUGUGUUGGUUAGGCGUAUAUACAUACAUACCAACGUAUAAGUGCAUAUAUAAGGUGUACAUAAGCAGUGUAUUUAAUUAAGUGAAAUCCAUAUAGUUUUGUGCAUGCGAAAUUGGAAAAAUCUAGAGGAGUUCCGCAGCAGCAGCGCAGCGGCAGAGGCGCCACCGACUAACGGAUUUUCACACGCGGUUGAUCAACAUACAGAAUCACGACGACGCGACGAGCGAAAAUGGCCAAAAUGGAGGUCGACGAUGUGGUCGACUUGAGUUUGGGGUCCGGUCGUGACCCGGCGUUGACCAUAACGCCGGCUCCGUCUCCGGCGGCGCUCAGUACUCGGGAUCUGCGUGCGCUGACGGCCAACAACGCUGGCCUGACCAUCACUCCGUCACCAUCGCCGGCUACCAAUAAUGGCACCACCUCCAAUAGCAGUAACACCAACUCCAACAGCAGCAGCACCACCACCAACAACAACAACAAUAGCAGUAACACCAAUAACUCAAGCACAACCAACAGCAACAACAACAACAGCAUUAACGCCAGUGAAGGUGUCACAGGUGCGACAGGUGGUGGAUCCAUAGGCGGCGGUCAGGAUGAGAACAAGGUUCAGAGGAGAGUACUGCGACCCCGAACCGAACCCAAGUCCUAUGCCGAGGCACCGGACAUUGUGUUACUACCCGCUCGCACCAAUGGACGCCAGCAGAAUGGGAAUAUCGAUUCGGAGACGGAUGACGAGGAGAUGCCGCCGUAUGUGCCCAUCAAGGAGCUGAGCCAUGCGGAGCUGAAGGAGCGUGAGAAGAGUCUGAGGAAGCUGCGACAGGAUCUGCGCAAUGAGGAGACCAAACUGAUGCUGCUCAAGAAACUCAAGCAAUCGCAGCAGGUGAUGAAGGAGAAUCUGGUGGUGACACCGACCAGUGUAUCGCCCAACAAUCCGCUCUCGGCGAUACCCGCCGCCCUCACCUCGAAGGGAUCGCUGAGUGUGACGCCCACGUCGGCGGUACCGCUGCCCGCCCACAGCAAGGGCAGCAGGAGCAGCUUGAGCGGCGGACCGGCCGUGAGCAUCAGCGCCACCAACAGUCGAACGGGAAGCUCGAGCUCAGCGGCGGCGGCUGCUUCGGCCAUUGCAGCUGCAGCGGCCGCCUUGAGCGGCCAACAUCGCAGCGGCAGCAACUCCAUACUGCCGCCGCCACGAUCAUCGCUGCCCGCUGGAGCCACCUUGGCCGCCGGCACCACCAUCACGCCCGCCACCUCCUCAUCGCACCGCUCGAGCAAUUUGCCGCCGCGCACCAACCUGCCGAAUCUCACCAUCACGCCAUCGGUGACCAUCACGCCCACAUCGGCACCGCCCUCCAGUCUGAAACCACGCAAUGUACCUGGGACCAUAAGCAAUUCUGUUUCCAUCACGCCGGCGCUACCACUGUCCCAAUCGCACCAGAAUCAGCACAACGACCAGAAGAAUGAUCGGUCCACGGCAAGAGAAGAUGCUCAAACACCCGCUCAAAGACAGGCGGCGGCUAAAAUGGCCCUUCGCAAGCAGUUGGAAAAGACGCUGCUUCAGAUUCCCCCACCAAAACCACCGCCGCCAGAGAUGCACUUCAUACCCAAUCCCAGCAACACGGACUUUGUGUACCUUCUUGGAUUGGAAACCGUUGUGGACUAUCUGACCGUCAACAAGAAGGCCAAUGCUGUGGCAGCUCCAUUCCGUUGUGCCCAGUGCAAGAUUGAUUUUACGCCCGUGUGGAAGUGGGAGAAACAGACCAACAAAGAUCCCAAGGUGAUUUGCGAGCAGUGCGUCACCUCCAACGUGAAGAAGGCUCUCAAGGCGGAGCACACCAACCGACUGAAACAGGCCUUCGUUAAGGCACUGCAGCAGGAGCAGGAGAUCGAACAGCGUUUGGCCAGCCAGAGCAGUCCCUCGCCGGUGGACAACCAUGGAUCGAGUGGCGGUGUCAACUCUCUGUCCGUCUCCGCGGUGUCUAGCAAUUCCUCAUCGUCGCAUCUGCAGAGGGAGCGGGAACAGCUGCAGGCGUCGCAUGCAUCGGCGGCCGCUGCACUGGUCAAUCUGCCGCCGUCAGUGACGGUGAUACCCACCAAAUGCCAGACGCCAACGCCAGCGACACCGCGUCCAACGCCGCCGCCACCACAAAGUCAAGCCACACCACCGCCGUCGUCUGGAGGUUCGCGAUCCUCGCGAGCGGCUGCCACCGCCGCUGCAGCAGCUAUUGCCGCUCAGCAGGCGGGUAUCCUUAGUCCUGGGCCGUCACCAGCGCAUCACCAUGAGCCGACAACGUCAUCUAGAUCAUCCCGCAACGAUCGACUCGAUCAUCACCAUCAGUCGCAGCAGCAACAGCAGCGCGAUCAGCGGGACAGAGAUCAGCAGCGGGAUCAGCAGUCGCAACAGCAGGCCCAGAACUACGACAAAUACUCGGCGGCCACGCUGGCGGCGGCUGCUCAUCUGAGUGCCCUUGGCGGCAUGGGUGGUUUGAAUAUCAAUAGCUUGGCCAGUUUAGGCAACCUUGGCAAUCUGGGCAACCUCAGUCAGCUGGGCAAUCUGGCUGCGCUGGGCGGAUUGGGUAACUUUGGAGGGGCAUCGACGGGCUCGGCCAAUCCGGCGGCAGGACUAAGCGGUUCCUCGUCAGCUGCCACGGCGGCCGCCAUGCAGGCGUUCAAUCAGCAGCUCUUUAGAGCUCUGGGACAAGGACUUGGAGGCAAUCCGCAGCAUAUGAUGCAGUUUGCUCCGCUUCUGUACUCUUACCAAAUGGCCAUGGCGCAGGCGGCACAAGUGGCAGCCUUCAACAAUAACAACAAGAAGAGCAGCUCGUCGUCCGGAUCGGCGAAGAAUUCGAGCAGCUCCAACAGCAUGGCGGACGUUCAGCGGGCGGCGGAGCUGCAGCGCCAAUAUCUACUGGAGAUGAUUCCGCCCCAGCAGCAAAGUGGGGCCAGCGGCAGUCGCCAGAACAACUGGAAGGCCUAAAAGGCCUCCACCAACCGUAGAUUACAAUUGACAGAAACGUAAAAAACACAAACAGAACAGCAGCAGUAACAACUAUUAUUAUUAUUAUUAUUAUGGUUUUCUUGAUUAGGUAAUUUUAUAAUUUUAACAAAACGGAAGAAACAAAAACAUAAAAAAAAAACAAUUUAUAAGAAACCAACAUCAAAUAUACACGUAAUUAUUAAUUAUGCUACUUGUAAACAAUAAUUAUAUAUAAUUAUACAAAACGAAAGAACGAAGAAACAGAGCCGAUCUAAACAUAAUUGUUAGUAGUUUCCCUUUUUGUUAACCACUGCAUUACAUAUUUUAAUUAAUUUGCCAGCCAGAAUAUAGCAGCCGAUAAAUGAAUGCAAACUUUUACGCUCCUAGUAAUUGAAUAUUAAAUAUGAAUAAUAUUGAAUCCUAGCCAGUAAGAAGAUUGCCCCGUUUUUCUAGGGGCACACACACACACCAUUCACCCACACACGAAAACACCCAAAACAAAAAAAGUCCCUCGUCACACUUUUUUGUAAUUGUUAACCUUUUUUGGGAUCGCUGAACUGCAUGGCUCCCUUUUUUGGUCUUAUUCAACAAUUUUGUCGUACAAUUCGUUUAGUUAUUAGCCUUCGUGAAUAAAUCUAUAAAUAUAAAUAUUAUAUUUUUUAAUCAAUUUUAAGCAUACGCAUAGUAUUAGUUGUAAACAAAUUUUUAGGGUACAAUAAAUUACAGAAAACAAUUAAACCAAUUCUUGCAUUGUCAGCCACAAACACAGAACUAAACACACAACUAAAUCCACGUUUCAUCACAAUUUUUGAUAUCAAAUCCUCCACAUGCCUUAUCCAUGUUACAGCUCCGAUACGAAGUUAGUACUGUUAUUUAGUUGAGACCGCGAGGGAUCCAGCAAACAUUAUACCAUAAACCAUAAACCUUAAACCAUAUACCAUAUGAUACCACGAUCGUCGCCUAGGACUGUUUGAUUUUGAUCCACUGCAAAUGCAAAUGCAGAGAAACAGAGAGACAUCGAAAACUUAAAGCUAAAACCGUAUGAUAAUUUGUACAUAUAUGUGACAGCUGAGGUAUUCAUCUUCGGUAAACCGAACUUUAUAUACCCUUCCCAUUAGAACAGAACAGAACUUCAGGUUUUCGAUCCUCCAUUGAAGAUAUGAAUAUAAUAUUGACUGAAUAUUAGCAUAUACACAGAUUAGUAGGAAUCUAGCAGAAGCAGAGGCUUGCAUAAAUCCCUAAACAUACGAGGUAAUAUAAUAUAUAUAUAUUAAAUAUAUAUUUGAUUUAUCGGACGGCAGUACAGUAGGUUUACAUUCAGGCGAAUCAUUCGGAACACAAACCAAAUUCACUUUGGGCAUGCGAAAUCAAAAUGUGAUCAAAAAAAUAUGAAAUUACAGAGACGUAAGAAAAUGAGAAUAUUGAGAGAAGAAUUCAAACGGAAACAAGCAGAUGAGAGAAAUUCACAAUUAUUGUAAGCUAAAUACAAAUAAAAAUAAAAGUAAAAAAGUAAAAUUAAAAAUAACUACAAAUGCAUUGUAAUUCAGUCGGCAUCA